AGGCUGCGGGGGACCUGCACGGAAUAUUCGAGAAAUUAUCUGGGUUCUCAGGGCUUCACGUAGUUCGAUGGGGGUCUUCAGGGGGCCUGGCGGAUCCGCAGAGGGCCCCGCCGAGAGAUAUUCCACGGCGAUUAGGAGGCCUCACUGCUGGGACCUAACAGUAGCCGCGGGCAGAGGGGAAUUGUUAUUUUCAGGGGCUCAAGCCGCCCCUCCGCCGAGAAAAGCGCUGAGUCAUUCCGGCGGGGCGCGCUGGGGCAGGGCGGGGCCGGGGCCAGAUCCCCCUCCUCUUUCCUCCUCCCGCACCCCCGGCCGUCUCUCACUCUCGCGAGAGCCCUGGAGGCUAUAAAGGCAGCGCCCCGCGCGAGCCUCGUGCGUCGUCUUCCUGGCUCGUCUCGCUUGCGCUAGGUUUGUAACUGACAAAUAGCAAGAUGUCUUCAGGAAAUGCCAAAAUUGGGCACCCUGCCCCCAACUUCAAAGCUACAGCUGUUAUGCCAGAUGGUCAAUUUAAAGAUAUUAGCCUGUCUGACUACAAAGGAAAAUACGUUGUGUUCUUCUUCUACCCUCUUGACUUCACCUUUGUGUGCCCCACGGAGAUCAUUGCUUUCAGUGAUCGGGCGGAAGAAUUUAAGAAGCUCAACUGCCAGGUGAUUGGUGCUUCUGUGGAUUCUCACUUUUGUCAUCUGGCAUGGAUCAAUACACCCAAGAAACAAGGAGGACUGGGACCCAUGAACAUUCCCUUGGUGUCGGACCCUAAGCGAGCCAUUGCUCAGGAUUAUGGCGUCUUAAAGGCUGAUGAAGGCAUCUCUUUCAGGGGUCUUUUUAUCAUUGAUGAUAAGGGAAUCCUUCGGCAGAUCACUGUAAAUGACCUCCCUGUUGGCCGCUCUGUGGAUGAGACUCUGAGAUUGGUUCAGGCCUUCCAGUUCACUGACAAACAUGGUGAAGUGUGCCCUGCUGGCUGGAAGCCUGGUAGUGAUACCAUCAAGCCUGAUGUCCAGAAGAGCAAAGAAUAUUUCGCUAAGCAGAAAUGAGCCCUGGGUCUGUUAAGGGUCAGGCUGCAAUAAGCAGCCAUGAGAACAAACUUUGCUAUUGUCAUGCUUUAAACAUGAGAUCUUAGACUCGACCAGAUGUGGUUUGGGAUUGGAACAGUCUUUCCUGUAGGGGUUGGGAGGGGUCAGCUUCCUUGGCAAGAAUAGCCUGAGUUGUACUUUGGGGGCAGGCCAGCAGAUGUGUAUAGUAGAUAAUGCCUUUGACCUUUUGUAGUUCCUAUUAAACUUGAACUGAGA